CCGUUUGCAUGAUUCGUUCUCACUGCGCAUGCUCAGAUCUGCUCGCUUCUUCCUGUGUGAAAGACAACAGAGAGCUCAGCACACCCAUGAGUCUGCUGCAUCAUACAUGCCUGCACUCCUGUGAGAAAGGAAGGAGAUAGAGGUAAAUAAGACCAGGAAUGGAUGCUGCUGAUGUUUGAGCUUCAAGGGGGACUCCAUCACUUCAGAAUCCACCGGGUCCAACAACAACAACACCAGCACACCUCUCAAAAUGCAGUCUAGCUGUGAUAUCCAGCUGGAAAACAGUGGAGACAUAACUAACCAAAGUCACAAGGACGAGGAUGACUCAUCCCGUACUUCCGCAUUGCCCGGUGGGUGGAUCAGAGAGGUGAGGCAGCGGAAAGCAGGGAAGACAGCAGGCAAAAUGGACAUCUACAUUACAAGUCCCCAAGGGAAGAAGUUCCGCUCAAGAUCAUCCCUGCAUGCUUUCCUCCUGAAAGAUGGAGAAGGAAACUUAGACAUAAACCUUUUUGAUUUCACCACAUCCAAGGACGAUGUCGUCACCACUUCACAGUUACUCCCCUCCCGAGUGAAACAGAGGAGAAAGAAAAAAAGACAUGCAGAUGGACAGCAGGAGACAACAGAAGGUGUAACAGAAAUACUCGAUCCACCUCCAAAUAAAUCUAAAAGAGCCUCUUCCUCCCUCAGAAGUGAUGCUAAACACAAAAAAGUAAAGAGUGCAACUGUGAAGUGUUGCAAACAAGCUGCACCUUCAGCUACAGAGGAUGAUGUCAAACUGCAGAGGAGCCCUCAGAGGGCGGGUCAGCUGAGAGAGAAGCUACUCAGACUGGCUCCUUCCAGUAACCAACAAAACACUCUCAUUGUUCACAAGGACGACGAAAAAGAGGAAGACUUGCUGCCUUCUGUCCCGACUCUGAAUGUUGAACCUGCCACUGAGAGCGAGAACGAGGGUGAGGAUGAACGAGGCGGAGACGAGAUACAGAGUGAAGGUGGCAACAAGCCUAAUUCUGAACUGGAGGCUGACAGUUACAAGGAUGAGGAAGAGGAGGUGUUGUUGGUACCUGACAUCACUAGUGGGAGCUGCACACAAGUGAGAGAUUCCCAGAAUAGGUCCAAGAGUGUGGAAGACAAACGGAAAACGAGCCCUUAUUUCAGCAGGAAACCCCCCACUGAUGGCCUUAGCCCACCCAAGAGGAAGGCCUUCAAGAAGUGGACACCUCCUCGCUCACCCUACAACCUCGUACAGGAAACCCUGUUCCACGACCCCUGGAAGCUCCUAGUGGCCACCAUUUUUCUGAAUAAGACCACUGGCAAGAUGGCCAUACCAGUACUGUGGCAGUUCUUUGAGCAAUACCCGUCUCCAGAGGUGACCCGGGAGGCCGACUGGAAGCCCCUGUGUGAACUCAUGAAGCCACUAGGCCUGUAUGAGCUCAGAUCCAAAUCAAUCAUACGCUUCUCAGAUGAAUAUCUAAAUAAACAGUGGCGUUACCCCAUCGAGCUGCACGGUAUUGGGAAGUACGGCAACGACUCUUACAGGAUCUUCUGUGUGGGAGAGUGGAGAGAGGUGAAACCUGAAGAUCACAUGUUAAACAAAUACCACGACUGGCUGUGGGAGAACCAUGAAACACUUGGAAUCUGAAACGCAACGUAUGAGGAAGAUUUGCUGUGGCGCAGCAGACAAGAAAAUCAGUUACAUCACAUAAACAAUACACAUAACAAUAUUAAUAUUAUGAUGAAUUUGCAAUGUUAAACCCGCAUCCCUUUAAAAUUAUGCUGUUUUAUUUAUUCCUUUUAAAAAGUUUUACUCAAUGUGCAAUAAAAUGUUUUAAGUGGUUUAAAAA